UGGAAUCCUCAUGCAGAUCUACAAGCUAUGGCAAGAGCUCAUCGACUUGGGCAAACUAACAAGGUGAUGAUUUAUAGGCUAAUAACACGAGGAACAAUUGAAGAAAGAAUGAUGCAACUGACUAAGAAGAAAAUGGUAUUGGAACAUUUAGUUGUUGGAAGGUUAAAGGCUCGAAACAUCAACCAGGAAGAGCUAGAUGAUAUCAUUCGAUACGGAUCAAAGGAGUUAUUUGCUGAUGAAAAUGAUGAAGCGGGAAAAUCCCGUCAAAUUCAUUAUGAUGAUGCUGCGAUAGAGAGAUUACUUGAUCGUGAACAAGCUGGGGAUGAUGACACUCCGUUGGAGGAAGGAGAUGAAGAUGGAUUUUUAAAGGCCUUUAAGCCAGAUAAGAACGACAAGGAUUUGGAUCGGGCAAGUGAGAGGCAGGAUCUUGAAGGAAAAGAGCUAAAGCAAGAAACUACUUUGCAUGAACUGGAGCUGGUUGCCGUCCAUGCUCUUCAUGAACUUGUUUCUUUAGUUCACAGUCAUGUCAAUGCUGCAGGGCAAUAUGAUUUUGAGUAAGGCUAGAUUUUGCUGACUAUUUUGUAGUAGAUGUAGUGAUAUCAGGAUGAAUUGUGAACAAAUUAUACGGCAUGUAGUUAUUGCAGUAGCGGUAUCUUCUAGACUAGCCUUAAAGUAGGUUAGGGUUUAAUUUUUGAAGCUACCUCAAGCUCUAAUUUUGUAUAGAAAUUAAUGCAAUUCCCCAAUAUUUGAAUUUCAUGUUAUUUGUGGAUCAA